AUGCCUCCGAUGACAAGUCCGGCAGAGGUGGUGCGCAAGGCAUUGGCGACACCAUCUUCAUGCUCGCCAACCACCACCAGUACCCUGCAGACCCUCCUGGCCUCAUCACAAGACCAGCCGAAGCCUUCAAAAACGCCGGCAAAGACAACAGCCACGCGCAAACCACCGCCUACAAGGACAACGAGAACCAAACCAGUUCCCGCUGCAGUUCCCGAUGCGCCUCAGGCCUUGACGGCCUCAGAGCGGUACAAACUAGCUACGGACGUCGUCAACGUCUCACUAAAGGUCUUGAACGAUGCGACAAAGGCGUCAACAUCUUCGCCCUCACAAUCUCCCAGCACGAAGAGACCACUAUCGUCUGGCCUGAAUACCGUCGCCGAAUGCGCCCGCAUCGCCUUUGCCCACCUUCGUUCUGCCCGCUCUUCGAGCGAUGACUCUCUACAGCUGGAAACGGGCAUGCUUGCCCUGUGCUCGAAACUUGUUGCUCUGGGUAUGGACACACUGGCAAUGAAAGAGCUGCGCAUACUCAAGACGUGCAUACACCGAAGAUCCGGAGGCGCCAGCCCGGCGCCUGCGUCUGAAAGGGAAACACUAGCUACAUUGCUGCACCUCGAAUGUCGCACAUGUGAUGCCAAAGUCUUGUCGCUGGCCAUCUCCUACCACAUGAGUGUCUUGCGGCUCGUCGUCAAUUCUGGCCGGCCUGCCACUAUCGACGCGUCGCUCCCCCACCUGAUGCUUGACAAUCCCAUUUCUGCCGCCGCUCUUUUACUACGGUCCAGAGAGUUGUCCGAAGACAACAACAAGGUGGCACGCCAGCUGGAUACCCUCUCAAAGCUCAUACUUUCCAUGUGUCCCUCCCCUUCCUCCUCGGCAGACGAUUCUGCUGCAAAUGUCAGGACAUCCGCCUCUCCUGAUGUGGCUUUCAAGCUUCAAACGACUGCGCUUCUCAUCCAGACGAAAUGGUGGCCAAUAGCUGGACAUAAAGCGGAUCUUCAGAAAGAGCUAUUUGAACCGCUGGUCCGAUACAUGGACGCUUAUAGAAGGCGGGCUGAGGAUCGAGAGCCCCAGGCUUACAAACAGGCUAUCAAUUGCAUAAGCACUCUUGUCGGGCUGGACAGGCCCAAAAGUGAUACUUUGCCUCUCCCUUUGACUCUAUACAAGGCCUUGAGUGCUCUUGCCGUUUCUUUCGGCAUGCAAGACGAGGCUUUGCGAUACACCGAGUUCAUGUCGUCAACGUCAGAAAAGGGCCCAGGAAACGGCAUGACUUUGUUCUGUACAGUUCGGUCCAUGGCCCUUUGCCUUGAUCGUGACGACCAACCAGACUUAGCGAUACUUAGCAGUCAGGUUCAGUCUUGCAGGUCUCACUUGGUCAACAAAUCCGGAUCGUCUACGCUGUCAGUCGACGAUAUGUUAGUGGAACUCGCCAGAUUACGCAAGACGACCAUCAGAAUCUUGACACAUGACACGGGGAAAGAGACUGGACCCGAGCCAGACGAGUGUGCUGUUCUACUAUGUACCAUCAGUUUUCUCUGCACUGAAACACUUCUCUGGUGCUUGGAAAGUACUGCUGACGCCAAAGCAUUGGGAGAUGUAGCGUCAAAAUUGGUUGUUCCCUUUGUCAGCUCCAGUAUCUUCUCUUGUAAAUUGCUGGUCUCGUCCUGCGAACAUGUCAAGGCUGUGCACGAAGCUCUUGAGAUAUGCACUCGUCUACUGGAUUUAAACUCAGACUCCGAGGCAGAACACCUGGUAGUCAAUAUUUCCAACUUGCAUUGGCGCUGCUUUCAACUUUUGGCUUCGAAAACCGGAGAGUCAUCGCCAGAAGCCAUAAGAUGUCUCCAAGCAUCCAUCGACAUACUGCGCGAGCGUUCGUCUGUACAUCAGGAGGCUGGCUUCCUUGGAUCAAAGCUAGAGAGGUUUGGCGGUAUCGCCAAAUCCUGUUCUGUCUUUGCUGAAACAAUCAGCAUCCAGCUUCGCUCCGGUGUUUUGCAUGAAUUGACGCAGAAUGCAAAUUCAAAGUCACUGUCUAGUGUUUUGCAAUUGGAUCGCAAGGCUCAGUUGUUGAGACGCAUUCUCCACGAGCAUCAUACAUCUGCAGCUAAAGAUUCUGCAAGCGUUGCCUUCUUCGACGAUGAUCUGAUUGAUCCAUUGGAACGAGCGACUCUGCUCGAGAUCCAGCUGGCUUUCUUCGAGGAAGACUUGUUCAAACCAUCACAUCGUAGGAGAGGAUUACGCACUGAAGCUUCUUACUAUCUGGAACAGGCUGACAUCUUGGUCGCUCGAGUUGAUGUACCACACUUGCGUACCAAGAUUUCGGUCCAAAGGGAAGCCCAGGCCUAUAUUGAGGGUAUCGAGACUGACACUUCUGUUGACAAUGGUGAGCCGGGAGAUUCUAUCGACCUAGUGAAACUUGGCAUCAUACGGGGCGACAUCUUUGCAGCCGACGAAGAAACAUGGGAGAGUGCACAACAGGAGUAUGAGAAGGCGGAAGCCAUGGCUACUCGGCUUGCCGGCAAGAACUUCGUUGAGAGACUGGGUGUUCUAAAAGUCCCACCCGACAAGAGCAAUGUGACCAAAACCGCUCCUGUUCGAAAUGGUAAGCGAACCGUAACCAAGACUCCGACGAUUAGAGUGCCGCCAGCAAAGACGCCCAAAAGCACAACUACCAAAGUCAAGACUACCAUCGCCACUAUUGAUUCGAAUCAGGAGAACGUUCCCUUAUCAAGCUUAUGUGCAGCAGCACUCAGACAACGUGGCCUUCUGUUGAUCAAUCAGGGCGAGACUGAUCUCGGUCUGGAGCUUUUGGAGCAGGCCGAAGCUAUGAAGCAUGAUCCCGCUCAAGAAAUCCUGCAGCAAUUGGCAAUGGCAGAGGGACUGCUCCGCAAAUUUGGGGACGAACUGGCUCUGGAUUUCACCUUCAACGUCCUACCAGAGUCGACUAUCUCAUUUCCUGCGCUGUCGACAACGACCGGCAAAAAGCCGUCAACGCAGACCUCGCUCUCGUCGACACCAAUGUCUCUAUCGAACGCUACCACACCUAAAAAGAAUAGCCGUCAGAAGCGUACUGAUGAAGAAUUUGCUCGCUUCCUCUGCGACGCACAGGAACGUCUUGUAAACAUCCAACGCCGAUCUGCAAGCACCGCCGGUAUGUCAGUCUUCCACCAAUUGUGCGGGCUAGGUUCCAAAGCUAUGCUUCUUCUAUCGGCUUUGAAUGCUAGCAUGUCUCUUUCUGGCUCGUUGCACCCCACACGUGCAGCUUGCUCGAUCGAAAUGUCUCGUAUCGAGGCCUUCUCUCGAGAGUUGAACACCAUAGAGGCGGAGAAGGAGUACAUGGACUAUGAUGCACGUUUGGCAACUCAAAGUUCCACAGCCUCUAGCAGCCACCUCUCUGCGGCGAGAUUCCAAAAGGAUUACAUUGAUAUCAUCCCCAACAGCUGGGCUGCUGUAUCGGUGACGCUAAGCGAGGACCACAAUGAGCUAUACAUUGCGCGAUAUCGGGCAAAUCAAGCACCUUUCCUACUACGUCUGCCAAUGACACGUAACAAGAUGCAGGAUAUCGAAGAUGACGAGGAGUCGCCUACAUUCGAUUUCGAGUCUGGCAAAGCCGAGUUGCAGGAGAUAAUCGAGCUUUCAAACUACAGCUGCAGUAAGCCGCCUAGUGCCAUGACGCAAGAAGCUAAGCAGAGCUGGUGGGACGAGCGUGAGGCGCUGGAUCUUCGCAUGCAAGAACUGAUUGUGAACAUCGAGAACAUCUGGCUUGGUGGCUUUAAAGGCGUGCUAUCUCAACAUCGCAAGGAUCCAGCAUUGCUGGCUCGUUUCAGGAAAUCGUUGGACGGCAUUUUGGAUCGACAUCUCCCCUCGAGACAAAGUACGAAAAGUAAAGCUAAGAAGCUUGUGUUGCAUGCGAAUAUUGUCGAGCUGUUCGUAGGUCUUGGAGAUGAUCAGGACGGUGAGAUUGAUAUGGACGAGCAAGUGCUUGACCUGCUUUACUUCGUCAUUGAUAUCCUCCAGUUCAAUGGCGAGCGCAACGCGUAUGACGAAGUCGACUUCGAUGUCAUGGCGACCGAGACCAUGGAUGCCUUGAGGUCUUACCAUGAAGCAGCGAACUUCAAUGCAGCCGAUCAGAAUCAUCUGAUCCUCAUCCUGGACAGGAAGUUGCAUGCCUUCCCUUGGGAAAGUCUACCCUGUCUGCAGAACGUUAGUGUUAGCAGAGUCGGUAGCAUGCUAACGCUCCGCGAACGCAUUCUUGCUAUGCGUAGUCAGAUGAAGGAUAAUGCCGAAGAGAAGUAUUUUGUCAACAAGCAGUCUGGAGCAUUCAUCCUCAACCCAUCUGGAGAUCUGUCUAGGACACAGACUACCAUGUCACCACUACUCGACUCACUGAGAACAUCUUCUGGUUCGUCUUGGCAGUCCACUAUCAACAAAAUACCUUCGGAAAAAGACUUUGCGAGUGUAUUGUCGGAGAAAAGCACGCUUCUGUACUUUGGCCACGGCAGCGGAAACCAAUACAUCCGCAAUCGCACCAUCAAAAAGCUUGAUAAGUGCGCUGAAGUGGUGUGGUUGAUGGGCUGUUCCAGCGGCACAGUCACCGAACAUGGCGAUUACGAACCCACCAGCGUACCACUCAGUUACCUGGUCGCUGGCAAACGACAAACUGACACCCUUACGGACGAGGAAUCCAAGUAUCGCAAUGACAACAGAGAAGGCCUUUGCAUGGCCGUCGUCGCAACUCUCUGGGACGUCACAGACAAAGACAUUGAUCGCUUCGCCGUCAAAACAGGCGAGCACUGGGGGUUAUGGUCCUCAGCCCCUUGA